AUGGGUUUGAUUGAUGAACAGGACACCAUCAUUAAAGGGCCCAUGGGCCUUGCCCCUACGCCCAGCAACGCAGAUACGCGCGGGGGUUCGGGCUCCUUAGCCCCGACCAUUGGCGCCGCCCCGAGGGUCCGAAUCCCCUCAGGCCGCCGGGUUCCGAGCCCGCGUGCAGCCCACCUCGUGGGGCGUCUCCUGAAUCCCAAUCCAGGAAUCAGGCUCGGGGAAGUUUAUCCCGAAGCUAGAGGCCCAAGACCUGAGGAGAAGCAAGACCCCUCCUUACCUGAAACCAGUAGGCCGCGGCCGGGCUCGCGAGCCCGCCGAAGACUCGGUAGUUACCUAGGCCGAACUCCGAACGCUCCUACGCCAACUGCCACUUCCGAAGCCGCUCAAGCUCCCGCCAGAGCCGCCGGCAGGCAUGCUCCUAUUGGACAGAAGCCCCAGGCUGUGGCCAAUACCCACUCUUCUUCUUCAAUGGGUCCCCCGCUAGCUGAAGCAGCGGUGCUCUCAUUGGCUGGGCCGCCCCUCGCCGCCAGCGCCAACAGCAAGGGGCCCCCGGAAUUCUCCAGCUACGUACGAGGAGCGCGAGCCCACAGCCGUCUCGGCUCCGAGCCCGCCGCCGGCAGGAAAGCCACAAAGAAAACUGAUAAACCCAGACAAGAUGAUAAAGACGAUCUAGAUGUAACAGAACUCACUAAUGAAGAUCCUUUGGAUCAGCUUGUGAAAUACGGAGUGAAUCCUGGUCCUAUUGUGGGAACAACCAGGAAGCUGUAUGAGAAAAAGCUUUUGAAACUGAGGGAGCAAGGAACAGAAUCAAGAUCUUCUCCUUCAGCAACAAUUUCUUCUUCAGCAGAAAAUACAAGGCAGAAUGGAAGUAAUGAUUCUGACAGAUAUAGUGACAAUGAAGAAGACUCUAAAAUAGAGCUCAAGUUUGAGAAGAGAGAACCGCUAAAGAGCGGAGUAAAGACUCCAGUAACCCUCGAGCAAAGAAGAGUUGAGCACGAGAGCUAUUCUCAAGCUGGAAUAACUGGGACUGAAUGGACAAGUGGAUCUUCAAAAGGUGGACCUCUGCAGGCAUUAUUAACUAGGGAAUCUACAAGAGGGUCAAGAAGAACUCCAAGGAAAAGGGUGCACACUUCAGAAUAUUUUCCUAUAGAUGGAGCAGUAAUUUCAGCGAGGACUCCCAUAGCUGAAACUAUAAUGGCUUCAAACAACGAAUCCUUAGUUGUCAAUAGGGUGACUGGAAACUUCAAGCAUGCAUUUCCUAUUCUGCCGGUCACUGAAUUCUCAGACAUACCCAGAAGAACACCAAAGAAACCAUUGACAAGAGCUGAAGUGGGAGAAAAAACACAGGAAAGAAGAGUAGAAAGGGAUAUUCUUAAGGAAAUGUUCCCCUAUGAAGCAGCUACACCAACAAGAAUUAGUGCUAGUUGCCACAGAAAAAUCAAAGGAGCUGCAGGCGGGCCAUUAGAACUCAGUGAUUUGAGGAUGGAGGAGUCGUUUUCAUCUGCAUAUGUUCCUAAGUAUGUUCCCUUGGCAGAUGUCAAGUGAGAAAAUACAAAAAAAAGGGACGCUCCAUUCCUGUAUGGAUAAAAAUUUUGCUGUUUGUUGUUGUAGCAGUUUUUUUGUGUGUGUGUUUGGUCUAUCAAGCUAUGGAAAACCAACCACGUAAAUCCCUUCUCUGAUAUUCCUGAUGACUCUAGAAAACCCAACUGAAUGGUAUCUCUUUGGCACAUUCAACUUGGUCUUGUAUUUUUAAUAACUGUGUUGAAGAACAUUUGUGUACGCUUUUUGAC